AUCAUUGUCCUUUGGUUAAUUAAGCAGUAUGGUCAGUUUGAAAUUUGUUCUGGCUCUUACAGCCGUCGUAUGCAUGUGCAAUGCUGACCAAUCUGCAGUUGAGCUGAUGCAGGAUGUAUUCCAUGGUUGCCUCCAAGAUUUGUCCAUUAGUUGCGUCAAGCCGAAAUCUCUGAGAUGGAUCGAUGAGGUUUCUGAUAAACCUGUCAUCAAGAUCACUGAAGAUCUGGUCAUUGUGAAGAAAGAUGUUCCAGAACCAGAGCUACAAAGAGGUUUAUCUGACGAUGUCCUCGACAAAUUUGAAGACUUCAUCCAAUCCCAUGAAUUGGUAGCUAGAGUACCUCAAAUCCUACGCAGUGAUGGACCAUUGGGAUCUCUCGUACCAAGAGGAUUCCAAGCUGAAGACCUAAAAGUUCCUCUUGCUGUUACUGGCCGUUCCAAAUUGGUGAAGAAAGUCAUUGUUCCUUUCUUGUUGGGUCUUAAAUUCAAGACAGCUGUCUUGGUACCAUUAGCUUUGGCUUUGAUUGCUUUGAAAACAUGGAAAGCACUUACUCUUGGUCUUCUCUCAAUGGUCCUCACUGGAGCUCUCUUGAUCUUCAAAUUCACCAAACCAAAAGUUGUCAACUAUGAAGUCAUCCACUACCCCCACCAUCACCACGACCACCACGUUGAACAUAUUCCUCAAACUGGCUGGGCUGAACCACCAGUAUAUGGUAGACAAUUAUCUGCCCAAGAAAUGGCUUACAAUGCUCAACUUUGUACCGCAAAAGGAAUUGAGAAGAUAAUAUGUUCCAUACAAACAAAGGAGUCUGGAGAUGUUUAUACUAUAGUCAAUAUUUUCAAGAAGGUCAGAUUUGCCAUCUACGAAGGUGGAGGAAACAAAAAUGAUUGUAAUAUUUACAGGUUUUUUGCUAUUAUACCUUGCAUAUCGAACAUUUUCAAGUUAUCGGCUUUUCAAACAGUCAAAAUCAUGAGGUACUCAGGCUUGUUAGUUUUCGUAGUAUUUUUAGCGGCAGCAAAAGCUUCUCCUGCCAAGCAGCAGUUAUGGGAUGACAUCUUCCCCAAGGCGACCAUGGAGGAGAUGAGGAGCAUGUGUGACGGAGAUGAUCCAAUUUCGUGCUUAAAGCUCAAGGCUAUCUCCUUCCUGAAUAACAUCUUCCAAGUCGACAACUACAAGCUUUCAGAUAGCGUAGAAAUCAACAAGAACAGCUACAGAUCCAACGAUAUCUCAGCAAGAAGCGAAUCAUCCGUAGGUGACAAAAUCGAAAAUUUCAUCAAAAGCCAUGACGUCACUUUCAAAUUCCCAAUGGUCGAUUCAGAAGUUACCGUAGAUGCAAGGAAUUUGGAUAGUGAUUCUAUGGACAUCAAAUUGAGGUUCAACACUGGCACUGAAGUCGUCGAAGCAAGAAAAUCCAAGUUGAAGAAGAUUUUGUUCCCAAUUUUGACCUUCGUCCUCCUUAAGGCCAUAACUCUGGUACCUUUAGCUCUUGGUGUUCUCGGCUUGAAAGCAUGGAAUGCUCUCCAACUGGCUUUCUUCUCUUUCAUUGUAUCAGUUGGUUUGGCUGUUUUCCAACUCUGCAAGAAAAUUGCUGCUGAUAACGCUCCACCACAGAUUGCUGCUCAUGCUCCAUGGGAACCUGCAUCUUAUGCUGCCAGGUCUUUCAACGAAGAUGCUCAAAAUAUUGCUUACUCUGCCUAUGUACAGUAGUGAUGUUCAAGAAGGAUGAU